UCAAGGGCCCGCUCCGGAGCCGGGAUGUGUCCGGCCGCGAGGUCGCGGCGGACAGCGGGACGCUGACCCAGCGGCCCAGAGUCGGAGCCUCAGCUGUCCGGUGCUCCUCGGACCCGAGCCCGCGUGGACCUCGGGCCGCAGGCGCCUCCGCAUGCUGCAGCGCAGUUAGGGAGAUGCUGCAGGAUAAGGGCCUGUCGGAGAGCGAGGAGGCCUUCCGGGCCACGGGCCCAGUGCUUGGCGGCGAGGCCAACGCCGCCAACGCCGCCAACGCCCCCGAGCCCGAGCUGGCCGCGCCGGGCCUCAGCGCAGCGGCGCUCGGCAGCCCCCCGGGCCCCGGCGCCGACGUCGCCGCCGUCGCGGAGCAGACCAUCGAGAACAUCAAGGUGGGCCUGCACGAGAAGGAGCUCUGGAAGAAGUUCCACGAGGCGGGCACGGAGAUGAUCAUCACCAAGGCGGGCAGGAGGAUGUUCCCCAGCUACAAGGUAAAAGUCACAGGCAUGAACCCAAAGACCAAGUACAUCCUGCUGAUCGACAUUGUUCCUGCGGAUGACCACCGCUACAAGUUCUGUGACAACAAAUGGAUGGUGGCAGGGAAGGCUGAGCCCGCCAUGCCAGGAAGGCUCUAUGUCCACCCGGAUUCUCCCGCCACCGGGGCCCACUGGAUGCGGCAGCUGGUCUCCUUCCAGAAGCUGAAGCUGACAAACAAUCACCUGGACCCUUUCGGCCAUGAGAGCCAGAGUGACCAGGGGCUAGUCCUGCAUGCUGGGGAGCUGGAGCAUAUCAUUCUCAACUCCAUGCACAAGUACCAGCCACGGCUGCACAUUGUGAAGGCUGAUGAGAACAACGCUUUCGGCUCCAAGAACACAGCCUUCUGCACCCAUGUGUUUCCGGAGACUUCCUUCAUCUCUGUGACCUCCUACCAGAACCACAAGAUCACACAGCUGAAAAUUGAGAACAACCCUUUUGCUAAGGGAUUCCGGGGCAGUGACGACAGUGACUUGCGCGUGGCCCGGCUGCAGAGCAAAGAAUAUCCUGUGAUCUCCAAAAGCAUCAUGAGGCAGAGGCUCGUCUCCACCCAGCUCUCGGCCAAGCCUGACGUCAGCCCCUUGCAUGGCGCCCACCAAGCACUCCAGCAUUACCAGUAUGAGAACGGGGCUCACAUGCAAUUUGCUGCGGCUGAGCCACAGGACCUUCCCCUCAACACCUUCCCAGCCCAGAGGGACUCCAGCCUCUUCUAUCACUGCCUGAAAAGACGAGCAGACAGUGUCCGCCACCUGGACUUACCCUGCAAGCGAUCCUACCUAGAAGCUCCCUCUGCUGUGGGGGAGGAUCAUUAUUUCCGUUCUCCCCCUCCCUACGACCAACAGAUGCUGAGCCCCUCCUACUGCAAUGAGGUGACCCCAAGAGAAGCCUGUAUGUACUCAGGGUCGGGGCCCGAGAUUGCCGGGGUGUCUGGGGUGGACGAAUUGCCCCCGCCCCCACUGAGCUGUAACAUGUGGACGUCAGUCUCACCGUACACGAGCUACAGCGUUCAGACCAUGGAGACUGUGCCUUACCAGUCCUUCCCCACGCACUUCACCGCCACCACUAUGAUGCCUCGGCUGCCUACGAUCUCCGCUCAGAGUUCCCAGCCACCGGGAAACACCCACUUCAGUGUCUACAAUCAGCUCUCACAGUCUCAGGUCCGAGAGCGGGGGCCCACGGCCUCCUUCUCGAGGGAGCGUGGCCUCCCUGCAGUGUGUGAGAGGAAGCCGCCCUCUCCACACCUGAAUGCUGCCAAUGAGUUCCUCUACUCUCAGAGCUUCUCCUUGUCCCGGGAAGCCUCCUUACAGUAUCAUUCAGGAAUGGGGACUGUGGAGAACUGGACUGAUGGAUGACUCCCAGGUCUCCUGGACAGCCCCAGGACCAUGUUAACCCAGUAUUAACCUCUGUGGGUGGCCUGCAUUACCAAGAAACACAGGAAGGUAUUUUAAAGGGUGUGUGUGUGUGUGUGUGUGUGUGUGUGUGU